GCGACGAUUCACGCUCAGUUGGUUGAAAGAAAGAGACGGCCGGACGAAACAGGUCGUCAAUAUAUCUACGUGAUGAAGGGAAUAGCAGCAUUUGGUAGAGUAGAAGAAAGAGCGUUGAUAGAAUACGUAAUUAACGGGGUGGUAGACGAUGAGAUGAAUAAAGGGAUUCUGUAUCAAUCACGAUCUUUAGAAGAGUUGAAAAGAAAUAUGGAAAUUUACGACAUUAUGAAAGGAAAGUCAAGAGCUACGAAGAGUUCAAGCAGAGGUGAUAAUGUUGWCAAAAGAGAAAGAAGAACGGAGGAAGUUARGAUGACAAAAUUACGAUGUUUCUCGUGUGGUUCACUCGAUCAUAAUAUAAAACAAUGUCCGAUGGUAGAGAAAGGUCCAAAAUGUUUCCGUUGUAACGAAUUUGGACACAUUUCAAAGACUUGUGAAAAGCGUGUCAACCWUAUCGCCGCUUCGGAAGAUUCAAAGUCGAUGGCGAUACAGGAUAAAGUUGUGAAAAUGKGUACAAUACGAGAAAACGAAGAGAAGGGAAAAAUCCAGAACCACGCUGAGCGAGAAGAUUUAGAAGAAGAAAUCAAGAACCACGUUGAACGAGAAGAUGUAGAGGAAGAAAUCAAGAACCACGCCGAACGAGAAGAUGGAGGAGAAGAAGUUCAGAACCACGCCGAACGAGAAGAUGUAGAAGAAGAAAUYAAGAACCACGCCGAUCAAGAAGAUUAUGCAAGAUCCGUCGACGAAGAAGRCGCCGACACAGUGUUGAACGAAGAGACAGCGAAAGGUGUUUUUVAUAUAACGGUGCGUGAGUUAGAUAUUAGACCACAGUGUGCGAAGRAAGUAAAUCAGUUGAUAAAAGAUCAUAAACCCGUAGAAAAGGUAAAAACUCCGAUAGAAGUACGAAUUAAGUUGCAUGAUAAUAAAUCCGWAGUGUUAAAAUCGCGUAGAUUAGCUCCGUGUGAUGAAGAAAUUUUAUACGGACAGAUAACGCAAUACUUGGAAGAAAGUGUCGAAAGUGUCUCACCUAGUGAAGUUGAAAAAUUUAAAGAGUUUGACGAAAAAGUAGAAAUCGUGCCUCCAGCCAAAGAAGAGAUCGCAGAACCAGUAGACAAAGAGGAAUUAAAAGAAGAUGUUGUACAGGAAAGAAUGAARAUUAAAGAAGAAGUAUUAGCUGAACAUGUUGAAAAAAUACAAGAGGAAGCAGAAAUCAAACCAGAAAUAAAAAUUGUAGAAGAUUUGAUAAAGAUCACGGUGGAAGAAAGCAAAGAAAGAAUACCACGGAUAGAUGUUGUAAAAAGUAAACUUGAAAAGCCUACAGUAAAUGCAGUUGUAAUUCCAGAAAAAAUAAAAACAACGGUUAAAGUGGAACCCACCGGAGAAAUCAAAGAAGAAGAGAUUGAAAAAGACGAAACAAUGUUGAUAUCCGAAGAAAAGAAAAUAGGAGCGAUUAGGACGAUUGCAGAACCACGACCAUAUGAAGAUUUCACGUUGGAAAACGGCCUGUUGAGAAAAAGAAAAGAACGCGAUAAACAGUACGAAGAAGAAACUCAAUCUUCGGGGACCGAAGAUUCGCAGAAUGGCCGAAUGUAGGAGAGUUUUAAGUGUAGCAGAGGUAGACA